AUGAUUUGCAGUGGCUUCCCGUUGGCUCUUCUGUCUCUCCUCCUAUUGGUUAUUUUGUGUCACGUGACUGCGUCAUUUCCGCUCCUUUGCGGUCAAGAACUUGUGAAUGCUGUUGCAUUUGUGUGUGACGGCCGUGGCUACUAUGGUCAGCCCAGCAAAAGAUCGGCUGGCGUCUUCGAGUUGGAAUCACGGGCAAAGACAUUUCUGAAGUCGGGGAUAUCCAGAGGUGAGCUUGGUCGGUCAAAACGCCGCGUAAGAACAGGUCUCAUCGUAACAGAGUGCUGCCACAACCGAUGUUCAGUCUCCCAUCUGGAAAGUUACUGCAAUCCACUGCCCCAGGACGCUGUCCAUGACCCAGAAGUGCACAUACGACUGGAGAAGUCCGCCGAAGAAGAUGCCGACGAAGGGCGCCCCCAAGAUGGUCCAAGUCAAGUGGACACCGCUACGGGAACAAUGCUUGGAACGGAUACGUCGGAGUCCCGAGGACGAGUUCGCAUUGAUGCUGUUGAGAAAGUAAUUUCUGGCAGACUGAUUCCAACAUCGACAAUGGGGUCAUCCACGACUCCAUCGCGGAAGAAACCAAGGAAGGAUAAGAGCGAGAGAAGGAAAUCGUCAAGAGAAGAGAAACAGGCUAGGAGAGAGGAGAGGAGGAGGAAUAGGGAACGGAGCUCUGGGGGCAAGUCACGGAGUGGACGGCGGAAAAACAAGGAUAAUGAUCGUUCAUCGAGAGCCAAACGACAGGGCCUGACUUUGUGGAGGAACAUGUUUUCGCAGAAGGCUCUCAGUAAUACCCAGGCUCUUGAGAAUCAACACAUCCUUGACUCUCUAAACGGAAUAGCGCCAUCUUCGACCAUCAUCGACACAUUUGAGACGGAAACCUUACUCCAGCAAGAAAAGUCCCUCCAAGACGGUGCUAUUUCACAUACCAAGCAACCAUCAAUAAAUGCAGAUGAGGAUAGAAAUGCAAUAUUUUCUGAUUUAAUGACAAAAUUAAGAACACUUGUGUUAGACUUCACCUCCGAUAGGUGAGAGAAGCUAGCAUUCCUUGUUUUCUUCAAAUAUAUAUCAUUGUUUAUAUUUAAGUUUGAUGUAAGAAAGAGAAGGGGGUAAGGCUGAAAGAAAAUGGCUGAAAAUGGCUGAAAAAUGGCUGAACAUCCCUCAAAGGGAGAUCCAUUCUUAUUUUUAAAAAGUUACAUUGAUAAUGAUAU